UAUCAACAUCAAUAUUUUCCACCUCUAUUAUUUAGUAAAAACUUUAAAAAAUAUUUCCAUUGAAUUUAUGCAUUAAAGGACGCUAAAAAUAAAGGGUUAAUACAACAGCACUGUUGCUGUAUCCUGGCCAACGAAGGGACAACUUAAGAGCGUUGCAUUAGACCAGAAAUACCUGUCCUUUGAUAAAUUACCCCCCGGAGUGAGAGAGAUCAGCUUUUUCAGACAGACGCCUUCAGCAAAAGAUUCUAGAACAAGGUAAUCCGCGGUCUUCUUCAGGCAUGAUUACAAGGACCAAACGGUCAAUAUAAUGGAUAACAUUGUCUACGACUUUGCCAAGAUCACGUUUCAGGAGGUUGGAUUGGCCGGGAAUCGGACAUCCUCCAACUCGAAUUUCUCGUUGAAACUGGAUAAGAUGGCCAUGUCGAGCAUGGAGAAGAUGCAGGAUGCACCCCAAGCAACACCGCCCCUCGACUCCGAUGAUGAUGUGAGCGACUCCGACGAUGUGGACUCCCAAAUGAGUCGCUGCGAGGACAAUGACGAUGACAGCGACUGCAUCAGUGGAUCCUCCUCGAGUCACAGCUCCAGUUUCGGAGCGCGGGCGGGCGUGGCUCGACGGAGGAUGCCAGCCAGGGCGUCCAAGGAUAACUUCAAUCGAGUCUGCAGCGCCAUCAUGAAACCCAUCAAGAAGAAGCAACGCAAAGAGCUGAAUACGAACGCCCAAACCCUUAAGAGCAUCGAGAAGAUCUACACGACCAAGCGGAUGAAGAAGUUCACGCCGACCAACCUGGAGACGAUCUUCGAGGAGCCCAGCGACGAGAAUGCCGCCGAUGCGGAGGACGACAGCGAGGAGUGCUCCAUCAGCAGUCAAGUGAGGAUCGUCAAAUUCGGCGGUCGUAAACUCCGCAGGGCCAUUUCCUUUAGCGAUGGCCUAAACAAGAACAAGAUCCUGUCAAAGAAACGCCGCCAGAAGGUGAAGAAGACCUUCGGCAAGCGCUUUGCGCUCAAGAGAAUCUCCAUGACCGAGUUUCACGACCGCCUGAACAAAAGCUUCGACAGUGCCAUGCUGGAGGGCGAAGAGCACGAGACCGGAGCAUCUGGAGAGGCGCCCGAGAUUCCCAAGACGUCCAUGACCAUGGAGGACAUACAGCUGCCGGCAAUCCACGGCCAACAGCAGUUCCUCAUGCAACCGGCGGGGUUCGAGUAGAGGAGAGACUGAAGGAUCCAUUUAAUGCACACCCACUCUUUUUCACUGCAUUACAACUAGAUAAUAGUGCCCAAAAAGAAAUGUACUGAUACCAAUUAUAAAGCUAGGACUUACGUUCGUUCGGUUUACUGUACACCGUAGUAAUAAGCCCAUUAAAGUUAAAGUUAUAUCUGUCUGUAAAUAGCUUGUAAAAGAAAUAAAGUAAGUUAAGAACUAUACCUAAAGCUAAACUUAUCCAGCCAUAGAAUACGAUUCUGUGCCUAGCCAUUAAGCGUAAAAUAAAGGUUGAGAAAUACAUAUCUA